AUGACUACUGGAGUAUUCGCAUCUGUCAUCCUACGUUGUGACUACUCAACGUUAGGAGAUCCCUCAGACGUACUGGUCACGUGGAGGUACAAAUCGUUCUGUAAAGACCCUCUCAUGGAGUUUUAUUCUGCAGCCUAUCAGGCUGCGUUGGCUUUGGGGCAGGAUCCAGCCAAUGACUGUCCAGACCGCCAGCGCACGGUGCGAGUGGUGGUGGAGAAGAGGGGGGCAGAUGAGCCUACACUGGGACCCGCAUACCAGGACCGAAACAUCACUAUCAUGAACAAUGCAGACCUGGUCAUCCAGAAGGUGUUGUGGUGGGACAGUGGAGUAUACGUCUGCAUCAUCGAUGUGGAUGGAGACAUGAUGGGAUCUGGAGAACAGGAGAUCAAACUCAUUGUGUACAAUUGGCUGACGGUGCUGUUCAUCAUCAUCGGGGCCCUCCUCCUCAUCAUGCUGCUCUGCAUCUGCUGCUGCCAGUGCUGCCCCCAGAACUGCUGCUGCUACGUCAGGUGCCCCUGCUGCCCACAGACCUGCUGCUGCCCAGAGAAAGGCCCUGCCCCUCAGGAAGAUGCCCCUCAGGAAGAUACCCCAUCCACGCGCAGCAGCCACACAGAGGAGCAACAAGAGAGCAGGUGGAGGCACAGUUCGGAGUAUUUGCAGCAGCUGACUCCUUUCAACCCCAGGAGGCAGGUGACCUAUGCGGAUGAACUGCAGGAUUUUGCCCGGCACUACUGUCGGCGCUGCCGGCGUUUAAACACCAGAGAACGCAGUAUCAGGCGCGACUACGAGCACCUGGAGCUGAGGCCGCUGGAGAGCCACCAACAUCCGGCCAAUCGCAGCAACUCACCGCGCUAUUACCAUGACGACGACGGCAGCUGGCACAGCCAUCAAAGCCAUCAAAGCCAUCAAAGCCACCAGAGCCAUCAGAGCAGCCAACUGUCAUUGUCACAGAAACAACAACCUGUCCCCGAGAAUGUGGCCCGUGGCGGGCCGCCUGCAGGCAACUUCCGCCACAGCGACCCGUAUCCUCCAUACAUAGAGCUGUCGGGGGACCAGCACCGGGGUGCUAACCCGCCUGAGAGGCACCAGACUGGGGAGCCAAAAUCCUCAUCUAAGCAGGCCGACCCACACGAGGCCUACAGGCCACAGCCAGCAGGUGCCGCAGCCCCACACCUUACAGGAGCAGCACCCGGCUCAGCCCAGGGAAGUGUUGUAUUGGCCUGA